AUGGACAAGAAGCAGGAGGAUGUUGGCGGCGUCGCCCAGAUCGACAAGACCACCGUCUUCCAGGAUGCCCGCGCCUUCAACCAGAGCCCCAUUUCCCCACGGAAGUGCAGAGUGAUCCUCACCAAGCUCGCGCUGCUGCUGUUCACGGGCGAGAGCUGGGGACGCCAGGAAGCCACGACGCUGUUCUUUGGCAUCUCGAAGCUGUUCCAGAACAAGGACGCGUCGCUGCGCCAGAUGGUCUACCUGGUCAUCAAGGAGCUCGCCGGCUCUGCUGACGAUGUUAUCAUGGUCACCUCGUCCAUCAUGAAGGACGUCUCCGUCGGCAGCGACGUCGUAUACCGCGCAAACGCUAUCCGUGCCCUGUGCCGCGUCAUCGAUGCCUCCACCGUACAAGCCAUCGAGCGUCUCGUUAAGACGUGCAUUGUCGACAAGAACCCCUCGGUAGCCUCGGCCGCUCUCGUCUCGUCGUACCACCUCCUCCCAGUCGCCAAGGAUGUCGUUCGUAGGUGGCAGUCGGAGGCAGCGGAGGCAGCGUCUGGAUCCAAGUCAGGCGGCUUCUUCGGUGGUUUCGGCGGCAGCUCCCAGACUGCUCUACAGGCCAGCACAAACUACAUGACGCAGUACCACGCCAUUGGUCUGUUGUACCAGAUGCGCUCUGGCGACCGAAUGAGCUUGGUCAAGAUGGUGCAGCAGUACUCGGCUGCCGGUGUCGUCAAGAGCCCAGCUGCCACAGUUCUGCUCGUCAGGCUGGCUGCCAAGUUGGCUGAGGAGGACCCCAACCUCCGCAAGCCCAUGAUGCAACUCCUCGACGGCUGGCUGCGCCACAAAUCCGAGAUGGUCAACUUCGAGGCUGCAAAGGCCAUCGCCGACAUGCGCGACGUUACCGAUGCCGAGCUCGUCCAAGCCGUUCACGUCCUCCAGCUGUUCCUCACAUCGCCCCGCGCCGUCACAAAAUUCGCUGCGCUCAGGAUACUGUCGCAGAUGGCUUCGUUCAAGCCUGACGCUGUUCGCACCUGCAACCAGGACAUCGAGUCGCUCAUCACCAACUCCAACCGCAGCAUCGCUACCUUUGCCAUCACCACACUGCUCAAGACGGGCAACGAGUCGUCGGUCGACAGGCUGAUGAAGCAGAUUACCGGCUUCAUGGCCGAGAUCACAGACGAGUUCAAGGUCACUAUCGUGGAGGCCGUCCGCACACUGGCCCUGAAGUUCAAGGCCAAGCAGUCCGGCUUCCUGGCUUUCCUCAGCGGUAUUCUGCGCGACGAGGGAGGCUAUGACUUCAAGCGAUCUGUUGUCGAGGCUAUCAUGGAUCUGAUCCGUUUUGUCCCCGAGGCCAAGGAAGACGCCCUCGCAACUCUAUGUGAGUUCAUCGAGGACUGCGAGUUCACUAAGCUUGCUGUCCGUAUUCUCUUUGUGCUCGGUCGCGAAGGUCCCUCGACACCUCACCCCACCAAGUACAUUCGAUACAUCUACAACCGUGUGGUUCUUGAGAACGCCAUUGUUCGUGCUGCUGCCACCUCCGCGCUGUCCAAGUUCGGUGUGGGCCAGAAGGAUCCUGAGAUCAAGAAGUCGGUGCACGUUCUCCUCACCCGCUGUCUCGACGAUGUCGACGACGAAGUCCGUGAUCGUGCCGCCCUGAGUCUCCGUUUGAUGGACCAGGAUGACGACAUGGCAGUCAGCUUCAUCCGCAACGACUCGAUGUUCUCUCUGCCCGUUCUCGAGCACCAGCUGGCGAUGUACGUCAGCUCCGACUCCCGCGACACCUUUGAGACUGCCUUCGACAUCUCCAAGAUCCCCACCGUUUCACGCGAACAGGCAGAUGCCGCCGAUCUCUCCAAGAAGACACAAGACGCCACACCGACCAUCAAGGCUCCCAGCGCCGCGAAGGCUCCCGCGAAGGGUGGUGCCGAGGCAGCUGCGGCGAUUGCGAACAAUGCUCAGAAGUACCAGGAAGAACUGCAGAAGAUCCCAGAGCUUGCAGCACACGGUGGCGUCCUCAAGUCAAGCGACGUUAUCGAGCUCACCGAGACCGAGACCGAGUACGUUGUCACGGCCGUCAAGCACAUCUUCAAGGACCACAUUGUCCUUCAGUACGACAUCAAGAACACGCUUCCCGACACGGUCCUCCUCGAUGUCGAGAUGGUUGUCACGCCAGAGGACGAUGGCGACGUGCAGCUAGAGGAAGAGUUCCUCAUCCCAGCACCGAAGCUUGCCACAAACGAGCCUGGCACAGUCUACGUCUCGUUCAAGCGUCUUGAGACAGAAUCGCAGUUUAUCGCCACCACCUUCACCAACGUGCUCAAGUUCACAAGCAAGGAGAUUGACCCGAGCACAAACGAGCCCGAGGAGGGUGACGGGUAUCCUGACGAGUACCAGGUUGAGGAUCUGGACCUCAACGGUGCUGACUACGUUGUCCCCGCGUACGCUGGCAGCUUCGACAACGUGUGGGAGCAGGCGAAUGGCGACUCUGCAACGGAGACGCUACAACUGAGUGAGAUCAAGAGCUUAUCAGACGCAACAGAACAGCUCACCAAGACUCUGAGCCUGCAGCCACUCGAGGGCACAGACGUCGCACUCUCGACGACGACACAUACGCUCAAGCUUUACGGAAAGACAAUAAGUGGCGGCAAGGUUGCGGCGAUGAUCAGGAUGGCGUUCAGCGCACGGACAGGUGUUACGAUGAAGAUCGAUGUCAGGAGUGAGGAGGAGGGUGUUGCGGCGCUGGUAGUCGGCAGCGUAGCAUGA